AUGCUGAUACUCAAUUUAUCUGUCACCUUUCUCCUUACAGCGAUCUUGUCCCAGUGCACAUCUGCGACCAUCCAGCACGACAACCACCUUCCUCUGCUGAAUCUUCCGUACGGAACAUGGCGAGCACAUCAUUAUGAUCACGAUGUAGAUGUCUACACAUUCCGCAACAUCCGCUACGCUGCUCCCCCAGUGGGCGACCUGCGAUGGUCCAAGCCAACACCCCCUGAAUUCAUACCUGGUAUACAAAACGGCUCAUACGGGCAUAACUGCAUUCCUGCUCCUAUUCCUGGAAACUUCGAAAACCCGAUAUUCGAAAACAUCUCUAAGAAUGCCGCUGAAGACUGCCUCUUCCUCGAUGUCUACGUCCCGGGAAAGGCUCUUAAGGAACGAAACAGUUCAGUGCCCGUAGUCGUCUGGAUCCACGGCGGCGGGUAUGUCACCGGCUCCAAAGACCAGGCUAUCGAGUUGGGAUACUACGACGGCACAAGCCUUGUUCAACGCGGGGACAACGACCUGAUUGUUGUUUCCAUCAACUACCGUCUCGGCGGGUUUGGGUUCCUCGCCGGAGAACCUCUACUCAGUCAAGGAGAUUUCAACGCCGGUCUUCAUGACCAACGAGCUGCGCUAGAAUGGGUCCAGUCGUAUAUCCAUUUACUCGGCGGUGACCGCCAUAAUGUCUCCGCCUGGGGCCAGUCUGGUGGCGCGGGCUCUAUCAUAUACCACCUCAUUGCAGAAGGCGGAUCGCGGGAUCCGCUCUUUAGAAGGGCACUGCUGCAGAGUCCUGCCUUUGGUGUGAAUGCGAACCCGCCGGUGUAUAAGAAGAGAUUCGAGACUUUUGCUGCAGCUGCGGGAUGUCUAUCUAAGGGGGAGGAUUCACUCCGCUGUCUUCGCGCGGCGAAUAGUUCUGCCCUGGCCAAGGCAAAUGGGAAGGUAUUCGCAGGAGAAGCGUCUCCUGUUCCAGACGGGAAGUAUAUUCGGGGUCCUGCCCUGGUGGAGUACGCGAGAGGCAAUACCUGGAAAGACAUGGACUCUAUAAUAAACAGCCACGUCCUCGACGAAGCGAGUCUUUUCCUCCCUGAUCCAAUCCCAGGUGGCUUCCUGCAGUCGUUUAUCUCCGGCAGUCUCCCGCCAAACUCUACCGCUGGAACGAAACGCAUGGUGGAUUAUUACCAAGAGAACUACGCUAACUCGAGUAUGAAAGAGAAGGCUGCGGCAAUGUACUUUGACCUUAUCUUCAGCUGUAACAUGCGUGCCGUUCUUGAGGCAUACCCUGACAGCUCCUGGUCAAUGCAGUACAGUUUCAUUGAUGGUGUUAUUAACGGGACUCAUGGGUCGGAUGCACCUGCGACUUGGUAUAAUUCGGAGCUGCAGGGGUAUACGGAGCCGCUUUUUGAGAGGUUCCAGAGGUAUCUCACUAACCAUGCGAGGACGGCAGAUCCGAAUGUACCGCGGAGUGGGGAGUAUCACCUUGAAUACUGGCCAAGGGUUAGUGGGCUGGGUGAUGAGGUGCCUGGGAAUGUGCUUAAUGUGACGAACGGAGGAUUCAGGAUUAUAAAGGAUAGUCAGAUGUCUAGGGAUGUUUGCGAGAUUUGGAACGAGGUGCUUCUGGAUGCGGUGCAGUAA